CUCUACACAUCCUCCACUCCCAAAGACUAUUGUUUCGCAUCGCAACACGAAGAAACACAGCUAGAUGGCUGCGCGUCUCAUGCCUCCCGCCGUGGUCAUCCUGGCCUCGUUCCUCCUCCUCCUCUUCCUUGUCCAUGCGGUGGACGCGGCCGAGUGCGAGCCGGGGGCGUGCGGAAACUUCACCAUCAAGUACCCGUUCUGGCUCGGCGCGCCCCGCCGACCCCCGCCGGAGCCCUCCUGCGGCCACCCGGCCUUCGAGCUCUGGUGCAUCGACGGCAACACCACGGCUUCCAUGAGCGGCUCCCCCAUCCACGUCCACAGCAUCGACUACGCCACCCGCUCCUUCGUCGUCUACCACAACAGGGUGGCCUCGGGCACGGACGGCGUGUGUCGCGCCGACUUCAAUGUCUCAUCCAGCCUAGCUCUCAGCCCGUUCAAGAUCAGCCCUAGCAAUCAAGCCAUGUGCUUCCUGUCCAACUGCAACGGGACGGAGCCUCACGGGCCCCAGUACGUGAACUUCACCGGCGUGCCCAGCUGCGGCAAGCCCAUCUUCGCGUACCUCGGCGGGAGCUACGACCGGGACAGGCCGCCGGCGAUCGACACCGGGACCUGCACGUACAAUUACCUGCCGGUGCUGGGGUCGGAGGCGGCGGCCUCGACGGCGGCCAACUACACCCGGCUCCUGAAGGCCGGGUUCCUGCUGGACUGGGCGGGCGCCGGCAUCGGCGACUGCCCCGCCUGCGUCGUGACCGGCAGGCAGUGCCGGUACAGCAACGCGACCGCGGCGUUCGGAUGCAUCUGCCCUGGUGACGGGAGGCUCCGCGGCCCGACAUGCGCCGGACAUUAGCCUGCCAUCUUGCCUAAGAAAAAGCAUUUGUCGAGUGCUGAGAAAAGGAGAAAAAGAAAAUAAAGUGAUCUGAAACGCGAGGCCCAUGUCCUCGAGUUUGCCUAGGGCCUCCCAAAAUACAGGGCCAGCCCUGUCUGGGUCCGUCCAUUAAAUGAACAAUACGCGGGGUACACAUUUUUUUAGGAAACGGGCCAUUUAAUGAAAUCACUAGUUAAGGGUUGCUCCUACUUUCUUCGGCGCUGACAAUUGUGCACAUGUAGUGCGUCAUUCGUCGCAACGUGGGCGUUUUCGUUUUCUUUUUUCUUAUUUUUUAUUUAAAACGUUUUAUUUCUUGAACCGCGUGUCCAAAUCCUGAAGUGUAUGAAGUUCUAUUUCAAACCAUUUUAUUUCUUGAUCUUGUUUUUGUUUUAUUUGGAUAUAUGUGCGACCAAUACAUAUGAAGUUUGAAUAUUGUACAAGGAUUAGAAUUCGGAACUGCUAUGCGUCCGACGUCUUUCAACCUAUGCUUUCACCCAUCGUCGGAUGCAGGGUCCAGGGACGUCUUAAUCGGCACCGUUGUACGAGUGUGAGCGUCGGGCAUAAAACGUCGUAUAUAUGACAGCAUUAGAAUCUAUAGCUAGAUAGCCGACAAGAGGAUGAAGUAGCCGAUGAUCGAUACA